CAACUGGAUGGAGUGUUUUUGUUAGCUCGAAGAAACUAGUGGCUGGUGAUGCUUUCAUUUUCUUAAGAGGUGAGAAUGAAGAGCUCCGAGUAGGUGUUAGGAGGCACAUGAGACAACAGAUGAAUAUCCCAUCAUCUGUUAUCUCAAGUCAUAGCAUGCAUAUCGGGGUCCUUGCGACUGCAGCUCAUGCCAUUACAACAGGAACAAUCUUUUCUGUCUUCUACAAGCCAAGGACAAGUAGGUCAGAGUUUAUUGUGAGCGUCAAUAGGUAUCUCGAAGCUAAGACACAGAAGCUGUCUGUAGGCAUGCGUUUCAAGAUGAGAUUCGAGGGUGAAGAAGCUCCCGAGAAAAGGUUCAGUGGCACAAUAGUUGGCGUUCAGGAAAACAAUUCUUCGGUUUGGCAUGAUUCUGAAUGGAGAUCGCUGAAGGUUCAAUGGGACGAGCCCUCAUCUGUAUUUCGUCCUGAGAGAGUUUCACCAUGGGAACUUGAGCCCCUAGUUGCAAAUAAUAUCCCUUCCUCACAACCUCAGCCUCCACAAAGGAACAAACGACCGAGACCUCCUGGUUUGCCUACACCAAUUCCCUGUCCAUCUGCUCAAGUUACUCCAGAUGGUGUGUGGAAAUCCCCGGCAGAUACUCCUUCCUCGGUGCCAUUAUUCUCUCCUCCUGCCAAAGCUGCUAUGUUUAGUCAUGGUGGGAACAAAUCAUUUGGAGUAUCCCUUGGAUCAGCCUUUUGGCCCACCCAUGCAGAUAGUGCUGCUGAAUCCUUUGCUUCAGCGUUUAACAAUGAAUCUACUGAAAAGAAACAAACCAAUGGAAAUGUCUGCAGGCUUUUUGGGUUUGAGCUAGUUGAAAAUGUUAACGUGGAUGAAUGUUUUUCUGCUGCUUCUGUGUCUACUGGUGCUGUCGCUGUAGAUCAACCUGUACCAUCCAAUGAGUUUGACUCUGGUCAGCAACCUGAGCCGUUAAACAUCAACCAAUCUGAUAUUCCGUCAGGAAGUGGUGACCCUGAGAAAUCCUCUUUGAGGUCUCCUCAAGAAUCACAAAGUAGACAGAUACGUAGCUGCACAAAGGUGCACAUGCAAGGCAGUGCAGUAGGGAGAGCUGUUGAUCUGACAAGGUCAGAGUGCUACGAAGAUCUGUUUAAGAAACUGGAAGAGAUGUUCGAUAUCAAGGGUGAACUCUUAGAAUCUACCAGGAAAUGGCAGGUUGUUUACACCGAUGAUGAAGAUGACAUGAUGAUGGUUGGUGAUGAUCCAUGGAAUGAGUUCUGUGGAAUGGUGAGAAAGAUAUUCAUCUACACACCGGAGGAAGUGAAGAAACUUUCACCCAAGAACAAACUCACAGUCAAUGCGAGGAUGCAGCCAAAAAAUGAUGUAGAUGAAAAUGGGAACAUAGAGGGCAGGUCAUCGUCUAUGGCUGGCUCAAGAUGAGUAUAUCACUGUUAUGCUCUAAAUGCACUUGCCACGUAGUAAAGAUGAAAGCAGAAGCAAGAGAUCGCUAGACAAUUUGAUAAUUGAGAUGUUUGUGUAUAGCAAUGAAGUUUUAUGUCUUCAGAUCUUAUGAAUUCACUUAGAUGUAAACGUUUUGAGGAGUUGUGUAGCUUAAAUGUGGAAUUAAGAUUCACGUCUAGUUCUACGUGAAACAAUGGUCAUGGUCAAAAAUAAAAUUACGAAAUUAAAUUA